UUCUCAAGUCCCUUUGCUGAUUUCAACAAUGGAGAACAAUGAAAAAUGCGCCCAAUUUUCAUCCUCUCUCUCUCUGUCUCCUCCUUCUUCUUCGCCGCGUUUUCCUUCUCCCAACUCUCAGUCUCCUCCGCAACCCGCUUCUCCUGCUCCCCCGCCCACGGUUAUUCUCAGCCCUUGCGCCGCGUGCAAAAUCCUUCGCCGCCGCUGCGUCGAGAAGUGUGUUUUGGCUCCUUAUUUUCCUCCGACCGAGCCUUACAAAUUCACCAUUGCUCAUCGAGUUUUUGGAGCCAGUAAUAUCAUCAAAUCUUUGCAGGAACUUCCGGAGUCACACAGAGCCGACGCAGUAAGCAGCAUGGUGUACGAGGCGAGCGCCCGAAUCCGCGACCCGGUGUACGGUUGUGCCGGGGCCAUAUGCCAGCUCCAAAAGCAAGCGAGUGAACUCCAAGCCCAACUGGCCAAGGCGCAAGCCGAGAUCGUGACAAUGCAGUGCCAACAAGCCAAUUUGCUAGCCAUUAUAUUGGAAAUGACUAACUCCAAAGAACCCAACAACGCCAAUUCUCAGCAAAUCGACACCACUUGUUUUCUCGAUGAUAAUAAUCUUGCUUCGGCUUGGGAGCCUCUUUGGACGUGAGGGAUAAUUAAUUAGUCAUGAUAAUUAUAGAUAUUAAGGGGAUAAAGAAUUAAAUUAAAUUAAGUUAUCCGAUCUA